AUCACCGGAAGUAGAAAGAGUCUUUUGCAUGUGCCACCGGAUGUGGGGAUAUUUAUUGGUAGAAACUAAAUUGAAAUGUAUAUUCUGACGUUUACAUUGGUAUUUACGCAGUUUAUUCAGAUGUCGUCUGCUUUACUCAAUAUUACAAUUGACACUUUUUCUGUUGACUGUGGCAGCAAAGACGGCGGAGUUAUGAACGUAAACUUCAACGUUUCCGAUUUACCAAAAGGUUUUUCAGUGUAUGCCAACAACAAUCCUGAAGAAUGCAGUUUUCUAGACGAUGGAAUGUCUUAUGUUCUUGAGAACGCUCGCAGAAAGGGCUGUGCUGUUAAGGACCCAACAGCCCCUUAUCCUGCAUACUACCUCAUUGUCUUCGUCCAAGAAGACCCCUUAAUUCAAAGAGUGACAGAUUCCAAAUUCCUUUUAUCUUGUGUCUACACAAGUGGACAGAUCAACGUGUCGACAUCAGAACUGGCAGUCAAAGACACCAUGUGGAAAAUUAAAGACUACCACUGGGAAGUUAUCCAAGGUUAUAUAGACAUGUCCUACGAACUGGGUAUAUACGCAGAUGACGGAGCCUUCAACACGCCGAUUACGACGGUGAAUUUCGGAGAGAAAAUGGCCCUGAAGAUUGUCAUGUCUGGAAUAGAUGAAG